CUGACCACCCUCAGAACCAUGCAGUCCAGAACCCUCCGCCCCAAACCCCCCAACUGGUCCCCUCAACCUCCGCUCGCUGUCUUUGCCCGCAACCUCCAGCUCCUCCAGCUGGAUCGCCACGAUGACGGGCCUCACAUCUCCCUCAGCUCCCUCGAAGACACCUCGCAGAACCAGCGCCAGCGUAUCCGAGCCAUCGAAUGGGCCCUGUAUCACCUCGUCGCCCUCUGGGACCCCGACACCGCUCGGGAUGUAUGCAGCCAUGUCCACGGUGAUGCCGAUUGAGCUGACGACCUACAGAAACUCCGUCCUUUCUUCCCUCCCCUCGAACCGCUACAGUCCGUCAAUCUGCGCGCCGCCCUGUUCCGUGUACUGGCCGAAUUGAAGAAGCAGGGUGACCUCGGCAGAGAGUCCAUUCUCCGCAAGUCAAUGUUGGAUGACUGCAAGGGCGAGAAAUUCGAAGAGCUUCUCGCCAUCUUCUCCACCGCGGUUCUGCGGAAGACUUUGUCUGCUUCCUCGGACCCUAGCUUGCAAACAACCGCUAUGCGAUUGUCGCUGGCCUCGAACCUGACUCGUCAGGAAUACGAGCUUAUGCUCCCCUUGGUCCUCGCCCAUCGCGUCUCCUUGAACCAGAUCGGAGAUCGUCGCAACCGAACCCUGAAUACCCACGAAAAGUUCACCCAAUUGCUGGACCUCAAGAAACAUCGGCUAGAUGAGCGUUCCAAGGAGAACCUGCCCCAGCUCCCCGACUCCGGCGCCAAUAUCGACGCGCUGUCCCGCGACCUCAAGGGCAACUGGCUGGGCAGCAAGGAAUGGGCCGAUACCCUGCUUCACGGCGGCGCACAAAGCAGCAGCGACGCCUUCCUCGAUCUCCCAUUUGACACCGCCUGGGCGAAGGCGAACGAGUCAAGCGUGGGGGAUCUCCGCACCAACACAUCCCCGGAUUUGCUCGUCGAUCUGGAGUCUCGCGUCCUCCGCCAACGUGCCCGGCUGCAGCGCUGGCGUCAGUACAGCGCCUCCAUGCGCCGACAUGAACGCGUGGAGUCGACAAGCUCGUCGAAACCCUCGCCGCUUGCGUUCCGAGAGCACCAGACCCUCACGGUAGCAAGCAUCUCCAAAGCCGUCCGUCAGCCGGUCGAACGGGCCUCUCUCAAGGCAGACGACCGGGCCCUACUCUUCUCCAUGACGGAGUCCUUAGCGCGAAUCAACGGCCGUCCUGCACGUCACCACAGCAGAAAUGACUCGAAAUCACGCAACACAGCCCCAUCCCUGCCCUCCAUGUCCGCCGGCGGAAGCAACCGAUCAUCCAUCGUCGAAGAGCCCACUCAUCCAACCAACUCCACCACCACAACAAGGACCCCACCCCAGACCCCGAACCAGCCCUCCCAUCAUUCUCAACCACCCCGGCUCCCCAGAACGAGCCCCUCCCCAGACCUCCAACCCGACCGCGAACCACCCAGCCGAUUCACCCUCGUCGAACGCACCCGUAAAUCUAUGUCCCUCAUCCCACCCCCAACCCACACCAAACCCAAAGAAUCCUUCCGAUCCCACCGCCCCCGCCCCUCCUAUCCAGUGAACCAGUUCGAGACGCCCCAGAAACAGUUCCUGCCCACCCGGUCCUCCACGCCGCGCGACGAGCUCUUCGAAGAGGAAGCCGACUACGCCAGCGUAUUCAAGUCGCGACCUCGCGUGGCGCACAGCCCCGUGGCGUCGCCAGCGGUGCAUAUCAGUCCAAUUGGCGAUUUUAAUCUGAAUCCAGACGAAGACGUCGAUGUCGAUCUCGAUGGAUUGGAUGGCACAUCCUAUGUCCAGGAGACGCCAUCGGCUUGGAGGCGGAGGGUCUUGUGAUACUUAUCUUGUUGGUUCUUUGGUUUUUAUGGUAUGGUUGAUAUACAGUACGUACUAUGAUUAAUGUUUACUAGAUUUUAGAGUCAUAUAGAUAGAUUCUUU